AUGACGUCACCUCUAGACAACGUGAUCAUUGGAGCUGUCGUCGCGACGGCAGAGCGGGCAACGGCCAACUCUGACCUUGAGGCUGGCCGACCCCUGGCCCUGUCUUUUGUCCUCAACGCGUCGAAAGGUGCGGCGCGAAACAAAUUGAGCCGAUGGCUACGGAGUUCCCUUGACGACAAGCAAUGGGUGCCGCUCCGUAUGCGGCAUGAAGCAAACCUUGCUCGAGCCAUAAACAACGCAGAGAGACUGUACUUUGCGGCGGACGAAGCGCACGAUGCUGCGCUGAGACGAAACCAGCAAUUGAUAAUGGCUGGAGAAGAGCGUCGGAUUAAGUUCCGUCGCUUAUGCGAAGCCUAUCAAGAUCUGAAAGCGGCCUCGACAAUGCUUCAGGCCCUGGUAAUCGAGUCGAAGCUACAACGCUUCGAGAUCAGCCUGGUGCGCGAUGACGUAGCUCGCGAGUUCCCACCAGCGCCCCCACCAGCGCCGGCAGGUGGGGAUUUACCUGGUGAGGCUCACGAGGAGGUCCAAGGCUAG